UUCUCUCUCACAAAACUCCAUUUUUAAAAGAUUCUUAACUAUACACACACGUAUACAUAUAAAUUGAGAUAUAUAGAUACAGAUUGAAAUUGGUUAGAUGGGUGCUGAAGCAGAGGUGAUAAUACAGCAGAUUAUAAUCCCCACAGUGCAGUAUGGAUCACGAUCCAGUAGUAACUUGAGAGAGAUAAAUGAUUUAGUUGGUGUUUCUGAUCCGGGUUUUAAUUGUGACCCGGUUUCUCCAUCCGGGUCGCUCACAGCUCUCUCUCCUCCGGUCAUGAAAUCUCCAGAAGCUGAGAUAAUGCAAUAUCUUCCUACCAUCCGCUCAGGUGGAUUUGCUGAUAUUGGGCCUAGGAGGUACAUGGAAGAUCAACACAUAAAGAUAGAUGAUCUCUCGAUGUAUUUGGGUUCAGAUGUCAUAUUUCCUAAGCCAAAUGCUUUCUACGGGGUCUUUGAUGGUCAUGGAGGACCUGAGGCAGCAGCUUAUGUCCGGAAGAAUGUAAACAAAUUCUUUUUUGAGGAUGUCAACUUUCCACAAUCGUCUGAAGUUGAUGAUGCAUUUCUGGAAGCAGUUGGGAGUUCUCUUCGCCAAGCAUUUCUUCUUGCUGAUGCUGCUCUUGCUGAUGACUGUAGUGUGAGUACUUCAUCUGGGACAACAGCACUGACAGCUAUUGUAUUAGGAAGUCGCCUAUUGGUGGCUAAUGCUGGAGAUUGUAGAGCAGUUCUAUGCCGAAAAGGGGAGGCUAUUGAAAUGUCACAGGACCACAGACCAAGUCAUGCAUUGGAAAGGAAACGAGUUGAAGAGCUGGGUGGGUUUAUUGAUGAUGGUUAUCUUAAUGGUGUUCUAUCAGUUACUCGGGCUUUGGGUGAUUGGGACCUGAAAUUAUCAAGGGGCAACCCAUCGCCUCUCAUUGCAGAGCCAGAUGUGAAGCAAAUUGUGCUGACAGAGGAUGAUGAGUUCCUCAUUAUCGCUUGUGAUGGAAUUUGGGAUGUAUUGUCAAGUCAGCAGGCAAUCAGCCUUGUGCGCCGGGGAUUAAGGCGUCACGAUGACCCUGGGCAGUGUGCUAGAGACCUGGUCAUGGAAGCUCUGCGUCUCAACACUUUUGAUAAUCUCACUGUGAUAAUUGUUUGUUUCACUUCCCUCGAUCACAGGGAAGCAUCACCAACACCUCAGAGGCGAUUGAAAUGUUGUAGCCUUUCUGCCGAAGCCCUCUGUAGCCUGAGGAAUUUGUUGGAUGGCGGUGUCAACCAGUGAAUGUACAGUCAAACUCAUUCCAAAUGUAUUUGGUUGCUUCAUUAUUAGCCGAAGCAGCAGUUGUGAGCGGGCAGUUUUGUAGGGAAUGUUGUAGUGUUAGCGAUAUCAAUUGUUGGCGGAUGUACAUAGAUUGGCAAGCUUGCGGAGGUGGUGUACUCAUCAGUAUUUUUCAGGUCUGUUGUGUACUAUUAUAUUUUCUAAUAAGUAAUUUUAUCUAACGUACGUUUAUAAUA